GAGGCGGCGGUGGCGGCCCCGAUGCGGGCAGGGCGCUGCUCCGUGUCGUCAGGACGGCGGCGCGUUGCUCCUCGUGCCUCGGGCAGAAGCCGGGCGCUCCGUCUGCUGCCGUCCGUUCGCUGGAGGUGCACGCGGAGCUGCGUGCGGGCGCGAGCUUUGCUCAGCCUUCUGGGAGCUGCGCGGAGCAGAGCCGCAUCGCGCGGGCACCGCGGUGAUGGAGGAGUUAAGCCCGAAAUCCCCGAACCUGUGCUGAGUUACUGAGGACUGGCGCCGGAGGCCUCAGACUUAUACUUCUCACGUACCACAUUCAGCAUGCUGCUGUUCUGUCACUCGCUGCUUGGAGCCUUUCUUCCACUCUUCCUCCUUUCAGGGAAUUGGGUUUCAGCAAAGAACAUCAACUUUUACAAUGUGAGACCUCCACUGGACCCCACUCCAUUUCCAAACAGUUUUAAGUGCUUUACCUGUGAUAAUGCAGUGGACAAUUACAACUGUAACAGAUGGGCUGAAGAUCGGUGGUGUCCUGAAAGUACACAGUACUGCCUGACAGUUCAUCUCUUCACAGACCAUGGGAAGAGCACAUCGGUCACCAAAAAAUGUGCUACUGGGGAUGAGUGCCAUUUUGUAGGCUGCCAUCACCACAGGGAAAGCGGUCACACAGAAUGUGUUUCUUGCUGUGAAGGCAUGAUUUGCAACGUGGAGAUCCCAACCAAUCACACAAACGCAGUGUUUGCCGUGCUGCACGCGCGGAGGACGUCGGACGGCAGCCGGCGGACGGUCAGCACUGCAGUGCUCGUGGCAGUCGUGGCAGUCGCACUGUCGUGAUGCAGCAUCCUCCCAUUGCACCACUUGCCUUUGUGGGCCCUUGGAUAUUGUAAGGAGCUCAGCACGUUCAAGGAGAAGCCACCAAGACUUCUCGAUGACCUAAAAUGUGAGAGGACGGUGGGAAGAUGUACACGCAUCAUGCAGUCCUUGGGUUCUAAUGAAGAUAUUUCAAAUGGUCCGCAGUAUUUAAAGAAGAGGAACAAAACAUGCACACAAAAAAAGCAUAACAGGAAACCCAAUGGUGACUGGGCAGUGAGGCAGAAUCAAGUUGUUACGACUCCCUCUUGUAUGAUGAAAAUGCACGUGUGGUUUGUGUGUUUUUGAACAAAGUAAAGGGGAUUCUGUAGACAAUCAGGUGAGAUAAAGGGGAGCUCUCAGUGGACCAUGUGCCAAUUUGUGUUUUAAUGGAAAGUGUUUCUAAGCUGUUUAUCACUAUGCAUGAAUAACACGGGCUGUAAGCUGUAUGUAAGCUUAUUGUUAGUUACGGUUUUUCAUAGUUAUGGUUUUCAUAUGAAAGGAGUUUUUCUGUUCUGAUCAGAGCUGUCAUUCCUAUGAGAAAUAAAAUAAUACUUUAUGCCUCUCUUUCCUAUAA